ACAGAGCGGCUUUCCUGAACCGACUUCGGCUUGUGCUAGCAGCGUUAGCCGUGUUCUCAUCAGCACGACAUUAGAUGUUUGUUUUAUUUCUGUUGCGAGAAACAAAAGCACAGAUUGCCAAGAAGUAUAAGAAGACGUCGACUUAUAUAAUCACACAUGAUGCUCGGGGAUUCGACUGCAGUUGACUGAAGACUCCUGGACAUCAUGUCCCCUGUCCUGCUGUGAUCUUGAACACUUUGGGAAUCAGCUUUCCUCGUCUUUAACUCUUCCUCUAAUACGAUGGACUCUGGAGCGGAGGUGAUUCCUAUUUGGCAGAACAAACCUCACGGUGCGACCCGAAGUGUGGUAAGGAGGAUCGGCUCCACGCUGCCACUGAAACCCUGUCAAAGAGCCUGUUUCCAGGAGCUUCCUGGUGUGAACCCACUGCGCCACACGGACGGCCCCCUGGUGCCCACGCUGGCCGACAUCGCCUGGAUUGCUGCUGACGAAGAGGAAACUUAUGCUAGAGUUAGGAGUGACACACGCCCCUUCCGGCAGGAGUGGAGGCCGACGCCCCUCAUGGUGAUGCACAGGAACUCAUCAGUGCCUAAUUUCCGGCGUGAGGGAAAGCGCAUGGAGGGUCUAAGGAAACCCGGGGUCACGGCGCUGAACCGUGCCACCGCCCUGCAGGACGAGCUGAGCCGCCUCCGUUCACAAAUCGCCAAGAUCGUCGCAGGAGAGACCGACUCGAACCCCAUCACCCCAGACCUCCUCUCCCCAGACGACACCACCAUGGAUUUCUCCAUGGCUCCCUUUGAGAAUGCGGCGUACCACCCUAUGCCUGCCGCCUCCUUCGUCAUCAGUGACGUCACAGAGGUGGACGAGGAGGAGGAGGAGGAGGAGGAGGAGGCAGAUGAAGUCCCAGAGCUAGCGCCUGACCCAGUGCCCCCUGUCUGCAUGACAGCAUCAGCGACCUUCGACCUGGACCGGCCCACCAUGGACCUCCGUGAGGAGGACGAAGACACGGUGUCACUGUCCAAGUCCACCAGCUUCGCUGACGUCAAGGACAUCCUGAGGGACAUGAACCGCAUGAAGAUGAGCAAAGACAGAUUUUCCCGUGGCUGUACGUCACUGAGAGAGGAGGACUCUGCUUCUCUGAUCUCUGAAGUUCUGAGGAAGAAGUUCACUUUGAGGGAUGACGAUGUUAACAUGAAGAAAUGAUUUGCCUGCUCUCCAUCCAUACUGCGCAUACAACCUGACACGUCUGUGCCUGUGGACCGCUCGCCAUGGAAACACCCCAGCACCCCAUGAUGGCAAGUUAAGCCCCGCCCAAUUUCCCUUAACAAGUGACUACAGCCACACAGGAAUAGAAGUGAAAAACGCACUCUAUCUUUCCCUCAUAUAAUCACGUUGUAUGUUAUGUUUAUUUACAAACUCUAAAUGCUGCCUCCUCACAAACAGAACCGAGAGUGAAGAAUUUGAACUGUCAUCAGUAGAUGAAUAUGAAUAUUGAGAUCUUGUUAAGUUUAAACAAAAGUGUCCAAUUCAUGUUCUCCUUUUCUCAUCCACGUUUAUUUACUGUUACAAAAUCCCUUUUAUCUCUCCUUUAUAAAGUCCUGCAAUACAUAUUUAAACCAAUUUGAUGACUGCCUAAUUCAUUUGUAAAUUCAUUACCCCAUAUAUUUUAGUUUUAUUUAUCUGGGACGCACACAUUCUUGAAGAGCUUUCAAAACUUUCAGAGAAAUUUAGGAAUUGUAUACUGUUUCGCUGAAGAAGAAUUUAUGUUCUAUCUUAUAGUCUGAAAAUGUCAGAAAAUGUUUUUGUUUUUUUUAACCCCGACACAUGAAUACUUUAAGGUUUAAUUUAAAGGCGCGUGCGUCCUAUGACAAGUUGUGUUCAUGGUUGCUCUUGUUGCCUGUAUAGUUGUGAUAAAUGUACUGCGUUUUAUAGUUUUAAAACUAACUACACCGCUAAUGUGAACCUUCAAUCAAUAGGCUUCAAGUCACAACACUGUUAACUAGUUUGCUGCAGUUUAUUACACAAAUUACGCUUUUAAGUUUUUCCCAUGACUUGACCACAGUUUUACUGAAAGUUUUCAGUUUUUCAUAUUAAAGCCAAAGUGAUCUUAAACAAAACUAUAAAUUAAGACAAUUAUGACUAGCUGUACCUUUAGGACAAACAUAAUGGCACCCUGUUUAAGGCACUGAUGUGUACUGCACUGGCUAGGAUUAUACAUUUUUUAAGCUAACAGUUACCCGAUAAAUAGUUAAUGAUAAGAUGCACGAAAACAAUAAGGCUUGCUCUAGUCUUGGUCUGGCCUCCUUCGGAAAUUGUGGUGUAUACAUUAAUGGGAAUCACCAGGGGCUACCGGAUACCCAGGCACAGAUUCAUGAUUAUAUAAAUCCAGAUUCGGUAUAAUUUUUCUCCUUUCAAACUUAUAAUUGCAAAGAAAUCUCUCCUACCACACAGGAUUGUGUGCUGCCUGCCAACAUGUCAAUGGAUUGGAGUGCACCAUCUGUAGGCUUAUAGAGGAACUGCAACAUAGUACCAUCUUAAAUGCAUACAUAUAAAUUAAAAACUAAUUUAAAAAUAAAACAAAUUUUUAUCGCAAUACAUAACCAAACCUUUACUAUGUAGUCAUUUUUUAGUUCUCUGUGUUUUUUUUUCUUUUAUGGAGGUUUUUAGGCGUGGCUUAAGCUGGUUGGUAUUUAUCAGCUUACACAAUUGAUAAUGAUGCCAAACAUGGUUAUCUAAUGUUUUUUUUACUUUCCAUUUAACCUAUGUAUAAUUUACCAAAAAACACACAAAUACAGACACUUGCACCCCAUCUCACACACUCAUCAUUUCCUUCUAAGCUUAGUGACUGACUUCAGGUUUUAAGUAUGUGUGCAAGAUCUCUUUCUUACUGCCUUACCUACCCAAGGUUUUUUUUUGUUUUUUUUUGCAACUUUUUUGUUGGUAUGUCCAUCCUUGUUUGAGUGAUUUGUUUCACAGGAAUUUACCUUGAAUGCUCCAUGGCUAUCCCUAAAACAGCAUAUAUGUACUGUACAUAAUGUUUGUAAUUUAUACCAUUUCAUCAUGCAAGAGACAUGAUGGUCUACUUCGUGGCCAAAUAAACACAGCCCUUCGUGAUACUUGAAGUUUUCAUGAUACAGGAUGUGUAACACUGAUAUGUAAAUUUACUUUUAACUAAGUACCAGCAUUUUAAAAGCCUAUUAAACACCAUAGUUUUAAUAUUUUCUUUAUAGAAAUG